ACUUUGAGCAUUAUUGUGCUUGGUUCAACACCGACACAAUAUUUUAAUAUUUCUAUCAGUGCGUAAAACCAAUAGUUUUAGAUGCUGGUUUAUUCGACAUCAAAAGUUCGUUAUAAUUUGUUUAAUAUUUCUCUAAGUGUAUGCAAUUAAUUAUAAAGUUAUGAAGGAUUCAAGUGUCAAGUACGAGAAACGGUGACACUAUUGUAGUUGAUACUGUUGAUAAAGAUGAAAGCGGACCGGGUUCAUCUCAGAAUGUGGAAUUAUUGAAGGAUGAAAGCCAAACUAUUUCCCAAGAUGAAUCACAGUCGUCAAGGUAAUUUCCUAUGGUUACUAUACUUGAUGGAAUUUGUUUUAAAUUAAUAUCUUGUAAAAAUGUGAUAGUAUGUUGUGUUAAAUGUUAGCCAAAAGUGUAAACACAAAGGUAUCGUCAAGUUUUAAACUUCAUUAAAAAAAAAAAAAUGCACAAUAGUUCUGUUUUCGAUGGAUUUGAAAAUUAUAUUGUUCAUGCAUGAAAUUAAAAAACACAAAAGAUUGAAGUUUUAAUCAAUACGAAUAGGGUGCUUGUCAUAGCCCCGCCAUCUACAUGGAUACCAAAACUGUGACAUUCCAGAAUAACUGUUUUUCGCUCUAACGAAUCUUUAUCAAUCCAGUGAACAGUUACACCCAUAAAAUUCAUUUUUUUUUUUUUGCAAACCGCACAUUAGCUGUUAUACAUACAAAAAUUACUUUUUCUAAAGAACUUUAUAUUUUGAGUUGAGUGUAUUAAAACUAGUUUUAAUUUUUGUACUAAGACUUCGCCGGUUCAUUAAAGUUAAACUGUUAUUUUUAAUAAUUCCAGAUUUAAUAAACAUUUCUUUAAUAAACGGAUUUCCUACUGUAUUGAGAGGUGCCAUUGUGUGAAUAAUAUAAUUAGUUAUAUCUUCAUCAAAUUGAUUUUAAGAGUAUUUCGUUUAGUUUUCAUUUUUACUAUUCGUGGUACUGGUUUGUUAUAGCCCAACCCCUCCCGCCGCGGCGAGUGAAAACUAUAUAGCCCCGUCACUCGGGUUUGUUAUCGCCCCGCCAUCCAUGUAACAAUAAAUACAUCGUAUAAAUAAAAAAUAAUUCGACGGAAAAUACGUACCAUUGCUAUUUGGUGCCUACCAUAGGUGUUUAUCACAAAUAAUCAAUGAUAUAAUAAUGUAAUUAACCGUUAUGGAAAAUAAUGAGCUUAUUUAUCGAUAUUAAUUAAUCUAAUAAUUCGACGAAAUGCUGAUAAAAUAUUAAAAAAAAUUAAAAUUAAAAAAUAAUAAAUAUAAAAUAAUGAUAUAAUGUUAAAAAAAAUGUAUAAAAAAAAGUUUAUGCCUCCCGUGAUUCCCGUGGUAUUAUAUCAAUAUACCGUCGAAAUAUUAGAUUAAUAAUUAUCAAUAAAUAAACUCAUUAUUUUCUCUAUCGGUUUAUUAUAUUAUUGAUUAUUUAUGAUAAACACCUGUGGUAGGCACCUAAUAGCAAUGGUACGUAUUUUCCGUCGAAUUAUUUUUUUAUUUAUACGAUGUAUUUAUUGUUACAUGGAUGGCGGGGCGAUAAUAAACCCGAGUGACGGGGCUAUAAAGUUUUCAUUCGCCGCGGCGGGAGGGGUCGGGCUAUAACAAACCAGUACCACGAAUAGUAAAAAUGAAAACUAAACGAAAUACUCUUAAAAUCAAUUUGAUGAAGAUAUAACUAAUUAUAUUAUUCACACAAUGGCACCUCUCAAUACAGUAGGAAAUCCGUUUAUUAAAGAAAUGUUUAUNGUAUAACAGCUAAUGUGCGGUUUGCAAAAAAAAAAAAAUGAAUUUUAUGGGUGUAACUGUUCACUGGAUUGAUAAAGAUUCGUUAGAGCGAAAAACAGUUAUUCUGGAAUGUCACAGUUUUGGCAGUGCUUAUAAACAUGAUAGAAUCGCCAAUAUAUUACAUAAUAUCUAUUACUAUAUUAUUACAAGUACAAUUUAAAUGUCACUAAAGUAAAUUGUGUAUUAUAUUGACAAUAGUUCUAAUAGUAUAAGAUUAUAAUAGAAUAUACUUGAACAUUUUUUUUUUUCCAUAGGUAAUUGCAUCCGUUACAGAUAAAAGUAGUAAUAUCGUUAUGCAUUUAGAGCAUAGGGUGUAAAAAUUUCAUAUUUUGGAAAUUUAAGCAGUGUAUUGCAAUUGACUUCAACGAUAGGAAUUCAAGUGUUAUAGGUUUUCUAAGUGAAGAACAAAAUGGUAAUUUACAAAAUGAAUCAUACAUCGAUUUUUCUAGGCCUAUUCAAUGUUGUGAUCGAUGUAUGGUUCAUUUUCUAAAUUAUCGUUUUCCACUCUAACAGAUCUCCAUCAAUCCAGUGAAUGGCUACAACUAUAAAGUUCAUUCUUUUUGCGGACCAUUCAUUAGCUAUUAUAUAUAUAUAUAUAUACAAAAUUUCCUUUUUCUAAAGAACUUUUUAUUUUUGAAAUGUGAGCAAUAAAACUAAUUUUAAUUUUUGUAUCUAGACUUUGUCGACUCAUUAAAGUUAAAUUUUUAUUUUUAAGAAUUCCAGAUUUAAUAAACAUUUCCUUAAAAAUUGUAUUUUCUACUAUAUUGAGAGAUACCAUUGUAUGUAUAAUAUAAUUGGAUACAUUUUUAUCAAAUUGAUUUUGAGAGUAUUUCGUUUAAUUUUCAUUUUUACUAUUUGUAUUGUUUAAAACUUCAAUAUUUUGUCUUUUUUGAAUUUCGUGCACUAAAAAUAUAAUUUUCAUAAUCAUCUAAAACAAUUGUUGUGCAUUAUUUUUGAAUGAAAUUAAAAAUUUGAUGAUCCCUUUGUGUUUACAUCUUUUAUGUUCAUACAUUGAACCAUUUGUGCUACUAGUGAUAUAAUUAAAAAUUAUAAAAUCAUCAUUAACUAUGAAAUUCAUAGAUUCUCAAAGGAUGGAAAAGUGUAAUACACAAUGGAAUGCAGCAAGUCGACCAAAAUCAACAAAGGUAAUACAAUCAAUUCUAAGACAUACUUUAUCAAUACCGAAUGAAACAAGAUGGACUUUAAUAUAUGACUCGUUAUUUCAAAUUAAUAAGAGAAAAGAAAAAUUCAGUGAACUUACUAGAUCAGUUGACUUAAAGCAUUGUUCAUUUGCUGUUUCUGAUCAUAACUAUAUCGAUGCAUUUUUAUUUUGUGUUCAGCCUUUAUUACAAUCAUUGGACAUACUACAAGGAGAUAAAAGUGUAUUCUACAGAAUGAUCUUUUCCGCAUUACUAAGUUUACAACAAAAAUUAAGGAUCAUAAACAGUGGACAUAUUAUGUAUUUUAAAUUAAAUAUAAAAAUUAUUCUAAAUAGUAUGGAAAGAAGAUUUUCAAAUAUUUUAAGUUCAAACAAAAUUGAAGCUGAUAAUAUAGCUAUUGUCACCUUUUCUCAUCCCAGGUUCAAAAGGAAAUGGCUGGAUUAUAUGAAUAUCUCUUCUUGUGAUAAACUUUCAUCACUGUUUAAAAAUGUAGUAACAUCUAAAUUUAUAACUACAUAUAGUGGAAAAGAUUUUGAAAUUAAAGAGGUUUUGAUUCUUUUUACUUUGUUCUAGAGACACAAAAUAACAGAACAGAUAUAUCUACGUCUGCUGAGAUGGAAGUAUGUAUAUAAAAUUGUAUGCUUUUAUUGAAAAAUUAAACUGCCUAUAAAUUUAAAUGUAUGUUUCUAGGUAUUUAGUUAUUUUGAGUAUCCACGUCAUUGUAUUGAAUGUUUCAACUCAUAUCCUACUGUAAAAAAGUUUUUCUUUGAUACAAUAGUCAAAUUUAAAUUAACAAUUACAAAAUGGUAAAUAAAAAUAAGUAUAAAUUAUUAUUAUUGUCAUGAACGAUAUGAUCGAAUUGUUAUUAUUAUUAUAAUAAUUGUUUUAUACAAAUUCAAUAUUAUUCACAAAUUAUUCUAAUAUUAUAUUGGUAAUUAUUAUUUGCAUUGUUAUAAAUAUUUUAUUGUUUUAAAAACAUUCAAUUCUAUUAACAAAUUAAAUUAUGUAUAAUUUUUUUUUUAUUUUAUUCAAACUUGAAAACCAA